CGCGCCUACUCUUCUUGCGCAGGCGCACACGUCUAGGAUUGGGCGCGUGGAGCGCGCGGCCCGCGUUAUGGGGCUGAGCCGGGUGCGGGCCGUUUUCUUUGACCUGGACAACACGCUCAUCCACACUGCGGAGGCCAGCAGGAGAGGCAUGCUGGAGGUGAUUAAGCUCUUACAGUCGAAAUACCAUUACGAAGAAGAAGCUAAAAUCAUCUGUGAUAAAGUUCAAGUUAAACUCAGCAGGGAAUGUUUACAUCCUUAUAGCACUUGCAUUACUGACCUGAGGACUUCGCACUGGGAAGAAGCCAUCCAGGAAACCAAAGGUGGUACAGCCAACCGGAACUUGGCCGAAGAAUGUUACUUCCUGUGGAAAUCUACUCGUUUACAGCACAUGACACUAGCAGAAGAAGUGAAAGCCAUGCUCACUGCCCUGCGAAAGGAGGUCCGCUUGCUUUUGUUAACGAAUGGCGACAGACAGACCCAAAGGGAGAAGAUCGAGGCUUGUGCCUGUCAGUCCUAUUUUGAUGCCAUUGUUGUAGGUGGAGAGCAAAAAGAGGAGAAACCAGCUCCUUCCAUAUUUUACCACUGCUGUGAUCUCCUUGGAGUGCAGCCUGGGGACUGUGUGAUGGUUGGUGACACGUUAGAAACCGAUAUACAAGGAGGCCUCAGCGCAGGGCUGAAAGCCACAGUCUGGAUAAAUAAAAAUGGAAUAGUGCCACUGAAGUCAUCCCCCGUUCCGCAUUAUGUAGUUUCUUCUGUGCUAGAGUUACCUGCUCUCCUGCAGAGCAUAAACUGCAAAGCCAGCGUGUCAGCGUGAGCACACAGAAGGGUGUGAUGACCAUUGUCCAAAAAUUAGGGCAUUUUAUGUGCUAUGGCCCAGGUUUAAGAAUUUCGCUUAUUAUUUAGUGAUCAUGAUUGUGGAGGUUCUUCAAGUCUAUUGCUUUUAAGUUUUGACAGCCAACCAUUGGCUGGUACUGAUUUCUCAAAAUCCAGAUUACAUUAAUACAAGUAACUUUUA